AUGUUUAUCAUCCUAUAUAAUCGUUCUCUUCGUACAAUUGCAAAUAUUUUAACACUUAAUUCUACCGUUGCUAUUCUUAUUCUAUCGAGUGACACACUUGCAAUAGGUAUUUAUGUUUUAUAUCGAGAUAUAAAACGACGAGAAUUACAAAUGGAAAUCGAAAUGAAAAGUUUAUUUCUUUGUCAUGUACGUGGUUAUAUAGCACAUAUGUCAUUUGGUGCACUGGUUUAUUCGUAUGCAAUUCAAGCAUGCUAUCGUUUAGUUGGGACAAUAUUUUAUCAUCGAGUUUCUUACAAUCAUUUGAGAAUCUAUGUAUAUGCAAUUUGUAUUCAAUGGAGUUUUUCAAUUUUACAACUUCUGCCUAUUAUACUUGGAAAUAAUCAAAUAUAUAUUAAACAUGAAUAUUUAUGUCAAAUUGCAAUUGAAAAUAGCAAAGCAGUUGGAUAUAUUUGUUUUACUAAUUAUAUAAUACCUUUAACAAUUAUUAUGAUUAUAUAUUAUAAAAUUACAAGAUCUGUACGAAAAAAAGAAAAUAACGGCGCUUACAAGUACAACAUUCAUCGCGUACGUCGUCAAGUCGUGUUAAUUCAACGUAUUGUUAUUUUAAUAUUAGUUUUACUAGUUCUUGGAGGACCUUAUUCAAUAUUUAUUAUUUUGGAAGCUUUAUCCAUUAAACGUGCACCUUCGUAUUCACAUCGUAUUGGUUUCAUGUUUAUCUCAAUAGCUUGUGCCUCGAGUGUUAUUACAAUAAUUUACUUUACACGAUCAGUACGUAAAAUGAUUAUAGAAUUUUUAAGUAUUAAGAAAAAGUCGCUACAAAGAAAUGAAUUACAACAGCUAAACAGUAUCCAAAAUAUGAAACUUACACCAAAGAGAAUGCCAAUGAGUACUACUGAUGAUACGUAA